AUGGAUGCAGCAAGGAGGAGGGAAAUCGAGUUGCAGACCCAGACCAAGAGGAAGGCCAAUGACACCUCCUCCAAGACAUCCGGAGAUGCCCAGAAAAAGCAAAAGCAGGGUGGUAAGUCAAGGUAUGAGUACAGGCCGUCUUCAGGUCAGGGCGAGAAAAAUCCGUUGAUAUGCUACAACUGUAAAAAGCCAGGGCAUCAUUGGAAGAAUUGUAGGGCUCCCCCUGCGAGUGCAGUUCCUCAGAUUACUCCUGCUGCUCCCGUCUGCUAUCACUGCAACGAGACGGGACACAAGAAGCCUGAAUGCCCGAAGUUGAAGGUUGGUAAAGGAAGCGGGGGUACAAAUCCUGCAAUUGCAUCAUCUUCUAAGGGACCCACUAUGGUGACACGAGGUCGUGCUCACCAGAUGACUACGGAUGAGCCGGUGAUUACCGCGACAGUGGCAGGCACUUAUUUGCUAGAUUCCGAGCCUGCUGUUGUUAUGUUUGAUAGCGGUGCUACCCAUUCUUUUGUAUCUCGCACGUUUAUUAAUCGUUUGGGGUGUAGUAUUGGAAAAUUGGCUCACCCAAUGGUUGUCGAUGUUGUCGACAACCGCACUAUUUAUGUCACCGAUGUUUAUCGAGGUUACACUCUCGAGUUUUCUGGAGUUGAAUUCCCUAUUGAUCUUAUCCCUAUUGCGAUGCGAGAGCUCUACGUUAUCGUAGGCAUGGAUUGGCUUGAUGCGUUUGAUGCGGAAAUCCACUGUCGUAAGAAGCAAGUUCGUGUUCGAAACCCUAGAGGUGGAGAACUUAUUAUUUAG